UGCCGCUGGGUCGCUGGUGAUGCCGAGCGAAGCGGCGCGGCGCUCGUGUAACGUCCCCCGCGUGCGGCUACGACGACGACAAGAAGAAGGCAGCAGCUCCCGAGGUUGAUAGGAGGACAGGAAAAAAAACAAGGGGAGAGAGAAGAAGAAGAGAAGAGCGGGUCCAUUGGAUAUGAAGAUGGACCGUGAGAGCCGUUACUCAGCGCGCGCGCAGCUGUAACGUCGGAUGGACGACACGCGCGCGGGUUGAAUCUAAAAGGGUCGACGUGCGGGGCUUGGCUUUGUGUGACCUUCAGCCAGCGGCAGGAUGAUCGAGGAAGGCAGCAAGCGGAGCAAGAACAUGGUGGAGAAGAGACAGCUCUUCAUGGAGAUGAGAGCUCAAAACUUUGACGUCAUCAGAUUGUCGACGUACCGAACCGCCUGCAAGCUGCGGUUCGUGCAGAAGAGAUGCAACCUUCACCUGGUGGACGUGUGGAACAUGAUCGAGGCGUUCCGUGACAACGGGCUCAACGCGCUGGACCACGGCGCCGAGAUCAACGUGUCCCGCCUGGAGACCAUCCUGUCCUCCAUCUGCUACCAGCUCAACAAGCGGCUGCCCACCACGCACCAGAUCAACGUGGAGCAGUCCAUCGGGCUGCUGCUCAACUUCAUGGUGGCCACGUACGACAGUGAGAGCCACGGGAAGCUGACGGUCUUCUCCAUGAAAGCCAUGCUGUCCACGAUGUGCGGCGGGAAAAUUGUGGACAAGCUACGCUAUAUUUUCUCCCAGAUCUCCGACUCCAGCGGAGUCAUGAUGUUCCCAAAGUUCGACCAGUUCCUCCGGGAGGUGCUGAAGCUCCCCACGGCCGUGUUCGAGGGCCCCUCCUUCGGCUACACGGAGCACUCAGUGCGCACGUGCUUCCCUCAGCAGAAGAAGAUUGUGCUGAACACGUUCCUGGACGCGCUGAUGGCCGACCCCCCCCCUCAGUGCCUCGUGUGGCUGCCUCUCAUGCACCGACUUGCCAAUGUUGAAAAUGUCUUCCAUCCAGUGGAAUGUUCGUAUUGCCGGAGCGAGAGCAUGAUGGGUUUCCGGUACCGGUGCCAGCAGUGCCACGGGUACCAGCUGUGCCAGAGCUGCUUCUGGCGCGGCCACGCCAACGGUCCCCAUAGCAACCAGCACCAGAUGAAGGAGCACUCGUCCUGGAAGUCUCCGGCCAAAAAGCUGAGCCACGCAAUCAGUAAAUCUCUGGGCUGCGUCCCCAUCGGAGAGCCGCCGCAUCCCGUGUUCCCCGAGCAGGCCGAGAGACCGCCGGAGCUCCCGCACGCCGUUCCGCCGAACCCAGCGGCCGACGACAUGAACGACACAAUGCUCGUGACGCCCGGAAGCGUCUUGGAGAGUCCCAGUCGGCUCGACGAAGAGCACCGCCUCAUCGCCCGCUACGCCGCCCGCCUGGCGGUCGAGGCGGGCAACGCCACGCAACAAUGUCCUCCCACAGAUUUGGGUUUCAACUUUGACGCCAAUAAGCAACAAAGACAACUGAUCGCUGAGCUGGAGAACAAAAACAGGGAGAUCCUCCAGGAGAUCCAGCGGCUGCGUCUGGAGCACGAGCAGGCCUCCCAGCCCACCCCGGAGAAAGCUCAGCAGAACCCCACGCUGCUGACCGAGCUGCGGCUCCUCAGGCACAGGAAGGACGAGCUGGAGCGCCGCAUGUCGGCGCUGCAGGAGAGCCGGCGGGAGCUGAUGGUGCAGCUGGAGGGGCUCAUGAGGCUGCUGAAGUCCCAGUCCGGAGGCUCCCCCCACUCCUCCCCCAGCCACGGGGCGGGCUGCUCCAUGCCGAUGCCCAUCCGCUCCACCUCGGCCGGCUCCACCCCGACUCACACGCCGCAGGACUGCCUAGCGGGGGUGGGCGGCGACGUGCUGGAGGCCUUCGCCCAGGGCAUUCCUCGAAACCUUCGCAACGAUCUCCUCGUUGCCGCGGACUCCAUCACGAACACCAUGUCGUCGCUGGUGAAGGAGCUCCACUCGGUUGACGACGUGGAAGAGGAGACCAACAUGAGGAACGGUGGGGACAGAGGCACAUUGAGAGUACAGAAGCACUGAGGACAAGCUCACACCAUUCCACCCUGUAAGGACAUCAACAACAACAGCAACAACAACAACAGCAACGACACCCCCUGGCAUUAGCACGUAGAGUAAUGCAUGCUGUAAUCAAAAAAGGAUUUCACUAUGUGAAGAAAAAAAAAACUCUUCACACCUUUGCAGGUAGCAAGAUGUGUCUAAUUAGCGAGUGUGUGUGUGUGUGUGUGUGUGUGUGUGUGUGCGUGUUGUCCUGUAAACAAAAAACGCUGUAAUUAAUUGAAUGGCUUCACAGAUCACGGGGCUGUGAGGUACCGACCACGUGUUCUUGGCGCCGGUCAUUUUAAUUUGAGUUUUUUAUUUAUUUGUAAGCAUUUUCACAUGAAGUUGCACUCGUGGAUUUUUUUUUUUUUAGGGCACGGUACCACGCAGAAAAAUAAUGGUUCUUAAAUGGUUCGUUAAAAGGUUUUGUGGUUCUACGAAGGACCAUCACCUACUGGAGAACCAUUUUAGAACUCUUUAAGGAAAUGGUUCUUUAGAGAACCCUGGUUUGAAAGGUUCUUUGAGGAACCAGAAAUGGUUCUUCUAUGGCAUUCUGAGGAACCAUUUUCUAGAGACAUAGAAGCUACACACACACACACACACACACACACACACACAGUACCGCUGCUACUGCAAUAAGAGGGCUGUGCAUUAAGCGAAACCGAGGGGGGCGAUACGAACACAGCAAAUGAGCCCAGUCUCACUAUUUCCUCCCCGUGAGAACGUACCUGAACACACCUGACCAGCCGGCGGAGGGAAGCAUCUCAGGAUGUUUAAAUAGUGGUUACCUCGGCAUCGGGCUGUCGUUGUGUGCACCUGUGCAGUAUGUGGGGACGCGAGGUCGCAUAAUGAGUGAGUAGGAAAUGCUUUAAAUGCUUUAUUUAUAGUUAUUGAAGGAAUGUUGAAAAUGUGUAAGUGCAAUGAAAGAAGGUGCUCAGGGACUCCAGGUGGAAGAAGGUGGGAGUGUCCUUUAACUGAGAGGUUAAAAGGUCAAUCAUGAUUAAACAUGGACAAUACACAACACCUGUCAGUGAGAUUAAGAACAUUUACACUCUCAUAUCAACAAGUCAAUUUAUAAUGAAAUAGUGACUGGAGAGGAGCCGCGUGGAGAAUGUUGAUUAUUAGAAGGAUUGUUAUUUCAUGAAGUGCUACUCGAUGAUGCAUGUUGUGCGUCUGUGUGUGCGAAGUUGUGUCUUUCACAGAGGAAAGAGUGGGAGUUUUUUAUUUUGAGUAAUUUGUUUGUCUUCUGGUUGAAAUUUUUAUAUAUUUUUUGUCCUUACGAACAUCUAAAAAGAAAAGAGCUACUUUUUUUAGUCGAUGCGAUGCGAUGGAGGUCUCAGAGGAAGUGAAAUCGGACUGAAUGGAAGUGAAAAGCAUGAUGUUUUUAUUUGUGGGGUCUGUACAGUGAGCCGCUCCUAGAAAUAUAAGAGUUUAACAACAAAAGGAGCUUUUUAAAUGUGAUGUUUCUUUAAAUCAGGUCUCCGCUCUGCUCUUCUGUUCUUAUGGUUUAGUAUCGGUGGAGUAUAAUCAGUGUAACGGAGAGUCACGUGCACACUCGCCCCGAAAUAUGAACGAAUACGGUGAAAAAAAGACGUUUAUUCAGCGGGGACAAGGUCCAGGAAUGAUUUAAACUUUAAAGAGUUGUUGUCUUCCGCUUCAGUUUCUCGCCAUGAACCCUCAAAAGUUUAUUUCCAUUAUUUCAGUUCGUGCCUGUAUUGUUCUGUAAAGUGCUGUAAAAAAACAAACGAUGAUCCGUCAGCCUUUUUAUGUCUGUGACUUUGUAGAAGUUAUUUAUUCAUUUAUUUAUUGAACGUGUUCUUUAAGCUCCGCCUUUUACAUUCGUGCCAAAACUGUUUGUGUGUCAUUCAAAUUCCAGGUACACACCAAAGUGUGUAUGUGGUGUCCUCACAGAACGCCUGGAGGUGUGUUGGUGGUGAAAAUAAAAAUAAAACAUUUAAGUGUUAAUAAAGCCAGACGACACAUUCCAGAUUUACUGAUGUCACUACAGACAAUGUGGAGGCAAUACACGAGCACCCUGUCAGAGCACCCCGGGGUGACACGCGUCAAAAAACAACGUGCAAAGAGGACGACCUUGAAGACGACCUUGACAAUGACCUCGACGCGCCGCUGGUGUUAUUUAUCUGUGUGUUCUGUACGGUUUACGCUUCUGGUACACGUUUUUUUUUGGUUUCAUGUUGAUUUUUACCAAAAAAACAGUGUUAUGUCACGAAGCCACUCGUCUUUUUUUGUUGUUGUAAAUAAAUCAAAUGUGAGAUAUAUUAAAAAGAUUUAAAAUAUG